AUGUCGUCUCGCCACGACCACCGACGACGCGACCGCAGCUGGGAGCGGGACGAGCGCGAGCGAUACCGGGACAGAGACAGGGAGCGGUACAGAGACCGCGAUGCGCCGAAACAGAGUCGCUCGCGGAGCCCACCCCCGCGAGGACAUGGGCGAGCACCAGCAGACCGCCGAGACUAUGCGCGACGAGACGACGACAGACAGGGUCGGGACAGGCGCGACGACCGGAGGAGAGACGACCGGGAUAGACGUGACCACGGCCGCGAGCGUGAUGGACGGCGGGAACCGCCUCCCCCGCCGCGAGACAGGGAGAAGGAGAAGGACGGGGAGAGUGUCCGCGACAAGGAUGCAAAGCCGAGUGGCACUGCACAUGAGCGGGAUGGACGCCCAGACGAUAAACGGUCCGCCACUCACUCGGAAAAUACACCAGGCAGUUCGCGUUCUGCACCGGUGGGCUCCGAGGAGCCUCCAAGUGCUCGCCCUCGCCAGGAAUCGGAGGUACCCGCCGAGGAGGGCGAAGAGGGCGAGGCAAUGGACGCUACCAACGAAGAUGAUGCGGCCAUGAUGGCCAUGAUGGGCCUGACGGGCUUCGGUACUACUAAGGGGAAGCGUGUCGAGGGUAACCAGGAAGGCAGUGUAGACGUCAAGAAAAUACGUACAUGGCGUCAGUACAUGAACCGACGUGGAGGUUUCAACAGACCUCUUGACAAGAUCAAGUAA